UAAUUAUUAGAUCUAGUCUGAGUCGGGACGUUUCUUUUUCUAGGACUGGCCAUAUUUCAGUUGAGUCGAGGUGUAGAUCUACAGGUCCACAAAGAUGGACAUAAUUAAGCGUGUCGAUAAGCACCGCAUCGUUGCAGUACUUAGAGAACUUCCAUGUUUGUGGGAUGAGAGAUCGGAAGAUUUCAAGAAUACAAAACUGAAGGACAAUGCUCGUCAAAAAAUCCUUUUAGUCUUGUCAAUCCCGGAUGCAAGGGACACUGCUGUAGCCCUCUCGCGUCAAAUCUCUCACUGGAAAAGUUAUUAUAGAAAGGAGCUCACAGAAGUGGAAAAGAAUCCGGGCUACAAGCCACGAUGGUCACUCUACAAUGAUCUGGAUCAGUUCUUACGACCGGUUUUCCUAGAGAGGGUCCGGGCAUCUCUUCAGGUGAGAGCAGACCGGAUGAAGGAGGCCAGCCCUUCCCCAGCAGGCCUAGCCCAAGAACAAGCAGCGUGUGAUGAAUGGACGACCUUGGGGAACCAUGUUGCUGCAACGCUGAAAUCUUUUGAUCGAAAGAGGGCAACAAACGCUGCGGACGAAAUCAGCGAUGUCCUGAACAAAUAUUCUCGUUACUGGAACCUUUGAAGGGAAUUUUCUACUUCGCCUUUGCAUUUUCCUACCGCCAUAGGGAGCAUUCAGAAACUAGCAAGAAAAUGUGAAUAAACUUUGUAAAAAAAGACUAAUACACGUUUCACUUUUAUCCUCUUGGGUUUUACAGUUUGUAAAUUGUCUUGAAUUACGUGCAUUAAUGCAAACUACAAUGUGAGAGCUGGUUUUUAAGAUUGUGCUCAGGUCAGAUUGCUUAAAACGAGAGUUUUCAAAUUUUAUUCCGUGCAGAUAUAGCCAACUGCAACGACAAUCUGCAGCUUCAGCUGUCUUUACUUUCUUUACUCGUGAGUGUGCCUAAAGAAAGGUACCAAAAGUCGCCACAGACCAUUUGGAGGUACAGGCUGAUAAUGACAACGACAACAAAAUCACUUUUUGGAACAAAAUGUGCUUCCAUUAAAAAAUAAAACACAGUUUCACCAUUUUUUAA